AGGGUCGUCUGCUUAUAACUGACACGGCUAUUUCAGUCAGUUGAUCCAUGGUGCCGCUGCUGAGCAGAAAAACGGCGAAAAGAUUUGUAAAUUGGUACCACUGGGACCAGUAACGCUUCAUUAGAUCAUAAAUCCUCAAUAGGACCAGUUUAAGAAGUCACUGGGAGCUCGUGUCUUUUUACAGACGUGACUCAGGCUUUCUCACUUCUUGCCAGCAUACUACAGACCCACACACUAAGUGUAGCUUUGGGCAGCAGCCAUGUCAGGCACCUAUGAUGACUCCAUGAUUGAUGUCUCCAGUGACAGCUUCUGGGAGGUUGGAAACUACAAGCGCACCGUGAAACGGAUAGACGAUGGUAGUCGGCUCUGCACAGAUCUCAUGAACUGCAUUCAUGAGCGGGCGCGUAUUGAAAAGGCCUACGCACAGCAGCUCACAGAAUGGGGGAAGCGCUGGCGGCAACUUGUAGAGAAAGGACCUCAAUAUGGCACGCUGGAGCGAGCGUGGGCUGCUCUGUGUACUGAGGCAGAGAAGGUGAGCGAGCUUCACAUGGAGGUGAAAGCAGCAUUGAUGGGAGAAGACUAUGAGAAGCUGAAGAACUGGCAGAGAGAGUCCUUCCACAAACAGAUGAUCGGUGGCUUCAAAGAGACUAAAGAGACUGAAGAUGGCUUCCGCAAGGCUCAAAAACCCUGGGCCAAGAAACUCAAAGAGGUAGAGACUUUGAAGAAGGCCUACCACACUGCUUGUAAAGAAGAGAAGCUUGCAGCCAGCAGGGAGACUAACAGCAAACUCGAGAGCAACAAUAACCCUGAAGCCCAAAAGAAACUCCAGGAAAAGGUGGAAAAGUGUCAGCAAGAGGUCCAGAAGACUAAAGAACGUUAUGAGAAAUCCAUCGAGGAGCUGAACAAAUUGACCCCUCAGUACAUGGAGAACAUGGAACAAGUGUUCGAGCAGUGCCAGCAGUUUGAAGACAAGCGCAUUCAAUUUUUCAAAGAGGUGCUGCUGGAGGUUAAGCAGCACCUGGACCUCUCAACCAAUCACAGAUAUCAGGGAGUUUACCACACACUGGAAGACACAAUCUCUGGCACCGAUCCUGAAGAAGACCUAAAAUGGUUCCGGUCCAAUCAUGGUCCUGGAAUGCCAAUGAACUGGCCCCAGUUUGAGAAUUUGGAAUGGUCUCGUCAUCGUCCCUCUAAGAGAUGGUCCAUUGUAGAAUGGUCCGUAGACCUCAACCGAACCUUGAGCAGACGAGAAAAGAAGAAGCCAUCAGAGGGCAUCACAUUGACGGGCAUUAGUCCAGCUGGGUCAGACCAGCCUGUUCAGCCUGCCAAAACCAGCAACAGCCUGACUGUACCAAAAGCUGCACCUGCGGGCACGAACCCGUUUGACGAAGAUGACGAUGAAGUGGGGGAGACUGCCGUGGAGCAGGAGAUCACAGUCAACAACACCGUUGUGAAUAAAGAGGAAAUAAAAACUGCAAGCAGUACGGAGAAGACUCCAGACUGGUCGGAUGAGGACACAGCUGGUAACCCUUUCUCCACCAAUGGUGAGGGUAAUCCAUUCGAGGAAGAGCCGGCCUCUCCUGUUGUAUCGGUGCCUGUCAAAGCUCUCUACGACUAUGAGGGACAGGAGCAGGAUGAGCUGAGCUUCAAAGCAGGUGAUGAAUUUACCAAAAUAGGUGAAGAAGAUGAUCAGGGCUGGUGCAAAGGCAGGCUUAAGGAUGGACAAACAGGCCUCUAUCCUGCUAACUAUGUGGAAGACAUCCAGUAAUGAAUCGCCACAGAUGGAAACAAAUGUGAAGAAUGUGUUUUAUGAAACUUGACGGGCUCUUAUUUUCAGCCCUCUUUUCCUUCUUUGUGAUGACUGGAUUGGAGUUGGUGGAGGACAGAAGAGAAGGGUUUGUAGAGCUUAGGAGGACCACUUUAGUCACUUCUUACCAGUGGACACUGUUGGAAACUAACUGCAAGUUUCCAGAAGAUUUCAGGAAGAUCCAAGACGAUUUGCUGUUGGUGUAAGAUGUUACUUAGAAUCCCAUUUAUGCUGUUACAGAAAUAGCUAUUCAAGUACAUAUUAGAUAAGACUGAAAUGUGUGAAUUUGGAUCAUUUAAAAAAAAAGAAAUAAAAAAAUCGCUGAGAUUACGAUCUUACAAAUAGUCUUGCAUGCGAAACACAGCCUUGAUAUGAAAGCCUGUUUUUAAUUCAUCAAGGGAAUUGAACCUUUUUAAUAACCAGUACUUGCAUUUCUCCUGAAAGAAUCCAGUCCAUAGAUGUUUUUUUAUUAUUUGGCCUGAAUUGUGAGAUUCAUGAACUUCAUUUUAAAUUAGUGUUUAUAUUCUCAUUUCUUUCGGGGUUUUGAUUUUUCCCCAUUCAGUUUGUAACCGUUGUGGUUGUUGUUGUUGUUGUUGUUGUUGUUGUUGUUAUUUAGUUUUUCAAAGGAAUGGUAAAGGUCCUCAGUUCACCUUUAUUCAUGGGUAGACUUCCUUUAGUGACUGCAGCUGAAUGUAUUUGUUUUUAGUCAUGGAUUGUUCACUUUUACUGCGUCCACUGACCCCACUCCCUUUCUCGCAUACCUUUCUGAUGAUUGUAGAUAUUUUUCAAGCAACACUGGAAGUUUCUCACUUGAAUCUUCUAAGUUCAGUUCUCGAGUCUUGUCACAUGCCAGGUUAUGGGAGAAUAUUUUGUUUGAUUUAGAUUUCAUGUUCUAGCAAUAAAACCACAAUUGAAUAUCGUAUUGCAUAUACAUUAAUAUUAGAACAAAUCAAACAUUCUGAUUGGAUUAUGUGCAGGAAAUUCUUAAUUUAUGAUGCCUCAAGUGCUUCUGUUGUUCUGAUGCUGAAAUGUUGUGAUGGAGAAUCAGUUUAUACAUUAACUGAAUGUUUAUGGCAAACGUUCAUCGACCGUUACUGCUAUAUCUGUAAAUAUGAUUUAUAUUUUCCCUUCAGAGGGCCAUAUGAGUUGCUUUGAUCACAAAAUGCUUUGUGAAAAAUUAAUUUUCUUUGGGACCUAUGCCAUUGCUAUCACAGCCUUAAUGCCCAGUUUGCAAAUAUGAGCUGCACAUCGUUCACAAAGAGCAUUCAUAAGUGCACCAAUUAAAUAACUAUUACUUUUGAUGCCUUUAGGCUACAGCAGAGGAGGAAAGUUUUGUUUUGUACAUCAGUGAGGAAAGAUGUUUGAGUGUUGCUAGCAAAAUGCAGCGACAGUUAUACUUGCACAGAAAGGUUUGUAAUUGUUGUCCCACAUCACAAUAAAUGAAUUUGCUGGGAAAAUA